AUGGCCUCCAUCCGACUCCUAACGCGCCCGAUUCUUGCCCAGCUGGCUUCCAAAUCUGGCGCACUAUCGCGACCAGCUACCGCUGUGGCCGUCCACCGUCUGUCGGCUCGUCUCAACUCUACCACAACGCCAACAACAGAGGAGCCGAAGGCCGUGAAACCGCCGCAAUAUUAUCCGAUUGACGAGAAUAAGAAGAAGUCUCUGACCGACUUUGGCCUCUACGUUGCCGAGUGUUUGCCCAAAUAUGUGCAAAAGCUGCAGAUGACCCACACUGGUGAGUUGGAGAUUCUCAUCGCCCCUGAAGGAGUCGUCCCAGUGAUUGCCUUUCUGAAAGAUAACCACGCGGCUCAGUUCACCAAUCUGUCAGACAUUGCCGGAGUGGAUGUUCCUACUCGAAAGUACCGCUUCGAAAUUGUCUACAAUCUGCUCUCCAUUCGCUACAACUCCCGCGUUCGAGUCAAAACGUACACCGACGAGCUGACUCCCAUUGAUUCAAUCGUCUCGGUGCACAAUGCCGCCAACUGGUACGAGCGAGAGAUCUUUGACAUGUUUGGCGUUUUCUUCCACGACCACCCGGACUUGAGACGAAUUCUCACCGAUUACGGUUUCGAAGGUCAUCCAUUCAGAAAGGACUUUCCCCUCAGCGGCUACUAUGAGGUUCGCUAUGAUGACGAUGUGCGGCGUGUGGUCAUUGAGCCGCUGGAGUUAUCUCAGGAGUUCCGAAAGUUUGACCUUCAAUCGCCAUGGGAAACCUUCCCGGCUUACCGUGAAACCAACCCAGUGACUGUAAUUCCUCUUCCUGAGAGCGGCAAAGAGCCAGAGAAAAAGUGA